CCAGGCUUACCCUGAUACUCUUGGCCAAGGUGUUCCAGAAGUGGAACUCCUGGACUGAGUUAUCCAAGGCCUGGAAGCCUUCUCUACCCACUCUGAAAUUUCUCUCUCUGCUAAGAUCCCCAAGUGGUCUCAGGGAGAGUACUCCUGCUUUCCAAUCUCCUCUGACUGCAGCUGUAUCCCCCUCAUUCUCAUCUCUGGGUUCCACAGCCAAAAGGCAUGUAGCUUGGCUGGAGGGCUUCCAGGGAUGGUCCUGUUAUCACUGGGAUGGGGCCAAAAUGGGGCCGUAGUCUAGGGAAAGGCCUAUGAGAGGCUACCAGUACACUGCCCUUAGGCACUGGAUUGGGCCCUGAUCCUGUGGGCCAAUGUCCUCUGUGGACGUUGGUAACUCCCCUUUAUUCCUGGGGUCCCUCCCUUUGCCCUGGUAGGGUUGAGAAGGUGUUUGGGAAAUUAGAAGUCAGAGGAAAAUGCCAGCUUCCCUGGAAACAGCCUCUGCAGACCCUGUGUGGCCCUACACCCUGGUGAGACCCUGAGUCUGGAACUUACCUUGAAGAGUUGGGCGGGUGUAAGAGCAGUCAAGAAGAGUCCUGAAGGGUGAAGAGGACUCCAUGUCCCAGGCCCGUUGAGUUGCCUGUGCCAGGAUCCAGGGCCGAGCAAACACCAGGGGCUGGAGAGAGUGAAGACUCCAAGUACCAGCCUUGUCCAGACUCCUAGCUUUGCCCAGCCAUGGGAUUCUCAUGCACUAUACCUAUUUCACCGCUGGUGUGGCCAGCGGCUGCUAUGUGCCAUCUUAAUACUCCUGAAGGCUCUGGGUGCUGGGUCUGACCUGCAUAAAAGUUUGCCAAAGGAUUGGUUCCAUGCUCCCUGCCCAGCCCCCAAGGAGGACAGAAGGGCAGCAGAGGAUUACCUCAGGCUUCCCACCCCACCCCCUCUGCAUAAGUGCUCAUCCAUCCAGACUGAGCUGCCCUUGAUCCUUUGAUCCCCGUCAUACCCGGGGAAAGAGGGAGAUGCUGUUGAAGAGCUUGGGGCCUUGGAGCCUGAGAUUGGCACAUCCCCUGGGACCAUGGCCAGAGCUGUGAUGCAGGCUACAACCAUGGAGGGCCAGCCUCUGGCCCUGAGCUUAGCAGAGAAGGCUGUAUGCAAGGUGGUCUAUGGUGCCCCUCGCCCCCGCCCGUUGCUGCUGCCUGUGGGUCUGGAGCUGUGGCUGUAUGUGCAGAAGAUGCGUAACCUACAGAGAAAGAGGAUGGAGGCCUCCUGUCUGGAGCUGGCACUGGAAGGCGAGCGUCUAUGCAAGGCGGGGGACUUCAAGGCAGGCGUGGCCUUCUUUGAGGCUGCUGUGCAGGUGGGCACCGAGGACCUGAAGACUCUGAGUGCCAUCUAUAGCCAGCUGGGCAAUGCCUACUUCUAUCUGAAGGAGUAUGCCCGGGCCCUGCAGUUCCACAAGCAUGACCUACUGCUGGCACGGACCAUUGGCGACCGCAUGGGGGAGGCUAAAGCCAGCGGGAACCUGGGCAACACACUCAAGGUCCUAGGCCGGUUCGAUGAGGCCAUCGUCUGCUGCCAGCGACACUUGGACAUUGCCCAGGAGCAGGGGGACAAGGUUGGGGAGGCGAGAGCACUCUACAACAUUGGAAAUGUGUACCACGCCAAGGGCAAGCAGCUGUCCUGGAAUGCUGCACAGGACCCUGGGCACCUGCCACCUGAUGUCCGUGAGACACUGCACAGGGCUUCUGAGCUCUAUGAGAGGAACCUGUCCCUGGUGAAGGAACUAGGCGAUCGGGCAGCCCAGGGCAGGGCCUAUGGCAACCUGGGUAACACCCACUACCUUCUGGGAAACUUCAAUGAGGCUACAACCUUCCACAAAGAGCGCCUGGCCAUCGCCAAGGAGUUUGGAGACAAGGCAGCCGAGAGGAGGGCCUACAGCAACUUGGGCAAUGCCCACAUCUUCUUGGGGCGCUUUGAUGUGGCUGCCGAACACUACAAGAAGACGCUGCAGCUGUCUCGGCAGCUCAGGGACCAGGCAGUGGAAGCGCAGGCCUGCUACAGCUUGGGCAACACCUACACCCUGCUGCAGGACUACGAGCGAGCUGCUGAGUACCACCUGCGGCACCUGGUCAUUGCCCAAGAGCUGGCUGAUAGGGUGGGAGAGGGCCGGGCGUGCUGGAGCCUGGGGAAUGCCUACGUGUCCAUGGGGAGCCCCGCACAGGCCUUGACUUUUGCCAAGAAACACCUGCAGAUCUCCCAGGAGAUUGGAGACCGAAACGGAGAGCUCACAGCCCGCAUGAAUAUUGCUCAGCUGCAGCUGGCACUGGGCCGCCUGACUAGCCCAGCAGCGGCAGAGAAGCCAGAUCUGGCUGGCUAUGAGGCGCAAGGGGCUAGACCCAAGAGGACACAGAGGCUGAGCGCUGAGACCUGGGACCUGCUACGGCUCCCCCUGGACCGGGAGCAAAAUGGAGAUACCCACCACACAGGGGACUGGAGGGGACCAGGCAGGGACUUGCUCCCCCUCCCCAUGAGGAGCAGAAAGUACCAGGAAGGGGCAGAUGGCACAGAGAGGCGACCUCGGGAGGGUAGCCACUCUCCACUGGACAGCGCUGAUGUAAGGGUACAGGUGCCUCGUACGGGUAUUCCCAGAGCCCCAUCUUCUGACGAGGAGUGCUUCUUUGACCUGCUGAGUAAGUUCCAGAGCAGUCGCAUGGAUGACCAGCGCUGCCCCCUGGAGGAAGGCCAGGCAGGGGCUGCCGAGGCCACAGCUGCCCCAACCCUGGAGGAGAGGGCAGCUCAGCCCUCCGUGACAGCGUCACCACAGACUGAGGAGUUCUUUGACCUCAUUGCCAGCUCUCAGAGCCGCCGGCUGGAUGACCAGAGGGCUAGCGUGGGCAGCCUGCCUGGGCUACGCAUCACCCUCAACAAUGUGGGGCACCUCCGAGGCGACGGGGACCCUCAGGAGCCGGGGGAUGAGUUUUUCAACAUGCUUAUCAAGUACCAGUCCUCCAGGAUUGAUGACCAGCGCUGCCCACCCCCUGACGUGCUGCCCCGAGGCCCCACCAUGCCUGACGAGGAUUUCUUCAGCCUUAUCCAGAGAGUGCAGGCUAAGCGGAUGGAUGAGCAGCGUGUGGACCUUGCUGGGAGCCCGGAGCAGGAGGCCAGUGGGCUGCAUGAACCUCGGCAGCCGUGCCCACCAGGUGCCAGUUAAGGCCUCACCCCUCCAGCCAGGCAUGCCCUGCCCUGGACUCUGGGGAUUCAGUUGUCCACAGUGGCCAUGACCCCUUGAUAAGCCAAAACUUCCCUAGGCCAUGAUGGAGAGCCAGCUCAGCCCCUUCCCACUGAGCCAGAAGGUGGGCACCCAGCCCUCAAGGAACCCCCACCCCAGGGUGCUGGGCUCAGGCUAGAGCUGCUAUAUGGGGGAGGGCAUGCUUCUGUCCCCAUGCGGCCCAUAGCUUCCUGCAGGUCCCACCCUGCCCUGCUCCAGGCCGGGCCUUCAGCAUGUUGGCCCCAAGCCCCGGUGCUGUUCAGACCCCUCUCCCUUAAGCCCUGCCCUGCCAAAUGUGAAAUUCUGCCAACUCACCCUAGCUCCCCACAGGAGCCUAAAAGACUUCUGGGGUCUAUAGUGGCAUGGCAUGUUCUGUCCCCCAGCUGGUCCUGGGAUGCAGGAGGUACACUCUGUAUUCUGCCUCACCUCCCCAGGGCAGGCCCUAUUCUGGCCUGUCUGUGCCCAACUCUGCUGCGGGAGAUUGGCAGCUACAAAGUCCAGACACCCCGACCAAGCAGUCCUCAGCCCUGCACUUGGUCUUUGAGGAAGGGGAUGGACCUUCUCCAGCAGGGGGACAAGGCAAGCCUCCGAGCCAAAAACACAGGCAGGGUCUUGUCCUAGGAGGUCUUGUCCUGCUGGCUGGCAGUGGGUAUUCAUGAGGAAUCUGCUCAACUAGGUCCUCCAGGCCCUCAGUGACCAUCCACCCCAUUCUACUAGGGAAAUGAUACCUUGGCUUUCUCCUCGAGGGGUCCAGUUGCAUUGUCUUGAGUUGGACACAGGGCAUGGUAGUUGGGGUGGAGAUUCAGGCCAGACUGCUAGGGCAUCCAUGAGACAGACCUUUGGGGACUGUGGUCCCAGCUCUUACCUGCAGAUCCCACAGGUAGCCCUACUGGAGGGCUCUGUACAACCUUUCAACCCCAGAGCCUCUUACCCUGCAGCCUAGGAGGGGCCAGGGCAAGGGAAACUGAAGGGCCAGCCCUGGGGACCCAACUUCUGAGAGACAACAGCACCCCAAGGGCAGGAGCAAAUACCAGAGCACAGGGUCUUGGGCGGGACAUAGCGGCCGCCUGCAUACUUGAAUGUACAUGCGUAUUUAUUGCUCACAUGUGUUUGCCAUGUUAUCCACGGGUUCUUUCCAACCCGAAAGGUACGUUUUUGUUUGACCCAAAAAUAAAAGUCUGCCAAGUGA